AUGAGUGUGGAAAUCAAUGACUUUGCCCAAUGCCUCCGCCAUCAGCACAGUCAUGAGGGGCUCAAAACCAUCCGGAGGAUGAUGCAUCUGAUGUGUGCUGGUCUGUGGUGUCUGGUACAGGGAGACACAUCCUGCAAGACCAAGCUGGACCCUCCCCUGGAUGGUACUGAAUGUGGAGCAGACAAGUGGUGCCGAGCUGGAGAGUGUGUGAGCAAGACACCCAUCCCAGAGCAUGUGGACGGGGACUGGAGUCCAUGGAGUGCCUGGAGCAUGUGCAGCCGAACUUGUGGUACAGGAGCACGAUUCCGGCAGAGGAAAUGUGACAACCCCCCCCCUGGGCCUGGAGGCACACACUGCCAGGGUGCCAGCGUAGAACAUGCUGCCUGUGAGAACCUGCCUUGCCCCAAGGGUGUGCCCAGCUUCCGGGACCAACAGUGCCAAGCCCAUGACCGACUGAGCAGCAAGAAGAGAGGCCUGUUGACAGCAGUGGUGGUUGAUGAUAAACCCUGUGAACUCUACUGCUCACCCCUCGGGAAGGAAUCCCCGCUGCUGGUGGCUGACAGGGUCCUGGAUGGCACACCCUGUGGACCCUACGAGACUGACCUCUGCGUGUAUGGCAGAUGCCAGAAAAUUGGAUGCGACGGCAUCAUCGGGUCUGCGGCUAAAGAAGACAGGUGUGGUGUCUGCAGUGGGGAUGGCAAGACCUGCCGUGUGGUGAAGGGUGACUUCAGCCACUCCCGGGGGACAGCUGCUUGGGGUACAGACCCCAUAACAAAGCUUCAGGGAAGGGAAGCAAACAUUAGCGUCAUCGACCUGUGA